AUGACUACCGAGCAGACCUUCAUUGCUAUCAAGCCUGAUGGCGUCCAGCGUGGCCUCAUUGGCCCCAUCAUCUCCCGCUUUGAGAACCGCGGCUUCAAGCUUGCGGCCAUCAAGCUCGUCCAGCCCGGUAAGGAGCACCUCGAGAAGCACUACGAGGACCUCAACGGCAAGCCCUUCUUCCCCGGUCUGAUCGCCUACAUGGCCUCGGGCCCCAUCUGCGCCAUGGUCUGGGAGGGCCGCGACGCCGUCAAGACCGGCCGUGUCCUCCUCGGUGCCACCAACCCCGCCGCCUCGGCCCCAGGCACCAUCCGUGGUGACUUCGCCAUCGAUGUCGGCCGCAACGUCUGCCACGGCUCCGACUCUGUCGAGAACGCCCAGAAGGAGAUUGCUCUGUGGUUCAAGGACGGCGAGGUCCAGUCCUGGAAGCAGGCUGGCUUCGACUGGAUCUACGAGAAGGCUUAA